AUGUCUCCCCACAGCGAAGUUGUCUUUCGUGACGGCGACGCCACCGUCGACGCCACGAACGGCACCUCCUCGUCGACAGUCUCGCCUGCCAAUUUGUCUGCACCUUCCACGUUGGCCAAUGGCCACGAUGGCCACAACGGCUUGCAUAAUGAUGGGCAGAACGGCCAGCAGAACGGCCAGCAGAACGGUCUACACAACGGUCUACACAACGGUCUGCAGAACGGCCUGCAGGACGGCCAGCACCCUUCCACCACGCCGGGCUCUCAGUAUCUGCGGCCGGCGGCCCCCGGCUCCGAGUACGACCUCGUCUGCGUCGGCUUCGGCCCCGCCAGUCUCGCCAUCGCCAUCGCCAUGCACGACGCCCUCGCUGCCGGCAAGAAGCUUCACCCCGAUGGCUCCAUGCCCAAGGUGCUCUUCGUCGAGAAGCAGGCUCAGUUUGGUUGGCACGCCGGCAUGCUGCUGCCCGGAUCCAAGAUGCAAAUCUCCUUCAUCAAGGACCUCGCCACCUUGAGGGACCCAAGGUCCGAAUUUACCUUUCUCAACUACCUGCAUCGUCAGCAUCGCCUCGUCGACUUCACCAACCUCGGCACCUUUCUGCCGGCCCGGGUCGAGUACGAGGACUACCUGCGCUGGUGCUCGUCGCACUUCGACAAGCUUGUCCAGUUCGGCCAGGAGGUCGUCUCCGUCACGCCCGACGCCGAGCUCGAGGCCCUCAACGCCGUGCGAACCUUUACCGUCAAGUCCGUCGACGUAUCCUCCGGCAAGCCGCACGAGUACAGGGCCCGCAACGUGCUCGUCGCCACGGGGGGGCAGCCGUCGCUCCCCAAGAACUUUCCGCUCAGGAACGCGCGCGUCAUUCACUCGUCCCAGUACGCCCAUCGAAUCCGCCAGAUCCUGCCCGAGGCGAGUAACCCGUACCGCAUCGCCGUCGUCGGUGCCGGCCAGAGCGCCGCCGAGAUCUUCAACAACCUGCAGUGGAUGUACCCCAAUUCCAAGACGUACCUCGUCAUGCGGCCCGAGUUCCUGCGGCCCAGCGACGACUCGCCAUUCGUCAAUUCCGUCUUCAACCCCGAGUACAUUGACAACUUGUUCCCGCGAUCGGCCAAGUCCCGCAGCAACCUGUUGACGGAGGCCCGUGCCACCAACUACGGCGUCGUCCGCCUCGAGCUCAUCGAGGCCAUGUACGAGCUCAUGUACGAGCAGAAGCGAGCCCUCGGCCCCGAUGAGACGAAGUGGCCGCACCGCAUCAUGGGCGGUCGGCAGAUCACGAGCAUCGAAUCCAUGGCCGGUCCCGACGAGGCCAUGGAGCUCACCUUGCGCCACGUGCAGGACGCGGGCGACGCGGACGGCUUCGUCGACGUGGCCGGCGAGGAAACGCUCGGCGUCGACCUCGUCAUAGCCGCCACCGGCUACCAACGCAACGGACACGUCGAGAUGCUCAGGGGCACGUGGGAUAUGCUACCGAAGAGCAAGGGCCACGGCCUCGAAUUCGGCAAGGGCAUCUCUGGCUGGAACGUCGAGACGGAGCAGGGCGAACGCAAGAUGGCCGUCGGCCGUGACUACAAGGUCAAGUUUUCGCCCGGCACCGUCGCCGACCGGUCCGGCAUCUGGCUGCAGGGUUGCUGCGAGGGGACGCACGGGCUGAGCGAUACUCUGCUAUCCGUGCUGGCCACGCGAUCGGGCGAAAUUGUCGAGUCCAUGUUUUAUCGCGCCGGCACCGGCACGGUGAAGCAGCAGACGUAG